UACAUAAAUUAUUAAAAUAUUUAAUAAUUUUAACAGGAUAAUAUGAUUAUAAUGUCAAAAAUUGGACAUAGAUGCCAUGUAUGUAUCAUUAACAUGUUUAUUGUAACCUGAACGUGUGUAAAAAAGAAUUGUUGUGCUGUGGGAGAUCUUGGUGCUCAUGGUAUGGGAAUUCCAAUUGGAAAAUUAUCGCUUUAUACUGCUCUUGCAGGAAUUAAACCACAUCAGUGUCUUCCAAUUACACUUGAUGUUGGAACUAAUAAUCAGUCAUUUUUGGAUGAUCCACUUUAUAUUGGACAUAAACACAAACGAGUAUCAGGCCCACAAUAUUAUGAAUUUUUGGAAGAAUUUAUGACAGCAAUUGUUCAACGUUAUGGAAGAAGUACACUCAUACAAUUUGAAGAUUUUGGUAAUGCAAAUGCAUUUAAACUUCUUCAAAAAUAUAGAAAUGAUUACUGUACAUUCAAUGAUGAUAUUCAGGGUACUGCAUCAGUAGCAGUUGCUGGACUAUUGGCUUCUUUAAGAUUAACCAAUACAAAAUUGUCAGCUAAUACAAUUGUAUUUCAAGGAGCUGGUGAAGCUGCACUUGGAAUUGCUGGUCUUUGUGUUAUGGCAAUGAUGAAAGAAGGAACAAGUGAAACAGAUGCAAUUAAUAAAAUUUGGCUUGUUGAUUCAAAAGGUUUAAUUGUUAAAAAUCGUCCUGCUGGAGGAAUAACAGAACAUAAACUUCGUUUUGCAAAAGAACAUGAGCCAAUUGAUACUCUUGUUGAAGUUGUUAAUACAGCAAAACCAACUGUUCUUAUUGGAGCUGCUGCAAUUGGUGGAGCAUUUACAAAAGAAAUUUUAAAAGCAAUGGGUGAUUUUAAUGAAAGACCUGUUAUAUUUGCUCUUAGUAAUCCAACAAGUAAAGCUGAAUGUACUGCUGAAGAAGCUUAUACUGCAACAAAUGGACGUUGUAUAUUUGCAAGUGGCUCACCUUUUGAUCCAGUAACAUUGAAUGGAAAAACAUACAAUCCAGGACAGGGUAAUAACAGCUAUAUUUUUCCAGGCAUUGCUUUAAGUGCAAUCUGUGCUGGUAUGCGUAUUAUUCCUGAAGAAACAUUCCUCAUUGCUGCAAAUGCACUUGCAAAUAUUGUCACAAAUGGUGACCUUGAGUCUGGUAAUCUUUAUCCACCACUUAAAGAUAUUCAAAAAUGUUCUGUUGAGAUUGCUGUUAAGGUCAUGAAAUACGCUUAUGAAGAAUCUUUGGCAACUUUUUAUCCGGAGCCAAAAGACUACGAAGCUUUUAUUAAAGCUCAACUUUACGAUACAAGUUAUACAAGUGCGUUACCAUUGACUUAUGCUUGGCCCAAACUUUAAGUUUCUUAAUACUUGAUAAAUUUUUUUAUUGAGAUCUUGAUGUCGUAACAAAAAUUUUAUAUGUACAUAGCAGUAAAAUAAUUCAAAGUAUCGAUCAUAAAUUUAUAAUUCGGAAUAUUAUGAUCGGUAUUCAAUAUUCACAAAAAAAGAAAAAAAAUUAUUUAUAGUAUAUUCACAUUAUUUUUAACGAACCUGUAUGAUUUCUAUUUAAAUAAAAAUGCAUAAGUUAAUCGUCAAACUGCAUGUACUAUUUUGUCUUGUUACACAAUUGUAAUAUUAUAAUUUAUAAAGAUCAAAAAAAAUAAUGGCGAUAAUCUGUUAAAUACAUUCCAAAUAUUUACUAUUGUUUCGACAAGCAAUAACACCAAAUAUUUUAUUUAUUAAUAAUUAAUUUAACUAUUGAUUAAAUAAUUAAUAAUUUAUUGAUAAACGUAUAUAUUUUUUUUUUUGAUAAUAUCGUUGGAAUUAUGUCAAGAAUGCCUGAGUGACAAUAAAAACAAUUACCAAGUAAAAAAAAAACAAACAAACUUUAAAGUCCUGAUUAAACUGAAUCCCAAAAAUGUCUGCUACGAUUUUUUUGACAUAACAAUGGAGUAGAUGUGUUCAUUAAAUAAAAAACAUUUUUUUUUUUUUUUUUGUUUCAUAAUUAUUUAAACAAUUAAUAUAAACAGAUAAACAGUAAAAUGUUUUUACAUUUCACAAUGCUUUAAGCUUACACAAUGUGAUAUAAUGACGAAAAAAAAACAAGAAUCUUAUUGUUUUUGAUUCAAGUUUAUUGUCUAAAAUGAAAAUUUUAAAAAUAGGUUUUUUAAAGCCAUGCAUGAAUUCUUAUUACACUCCGAA